AUGGACCAGAGCUUAGAUGAGAUCAUAUCUGAACGUCCCAACUCCUCCCGCCCCAGAGGAGGCCGCAUGACGGGUCCUCGCCGAAGACCCAACUUCCGCGAUUCUCACAAGCCUUCCAGAGGUGAUAGAGCAGAUUUGGACCUAGAUUGGGUCCACGACAGAUUUGAAGACGACAGAGAUACUCGAUCCUCCCGACCUCCGAGACAGCCUCGCACGGAUAGAUACAAUUCCGGCCCUGCUGACCAAGACUCUCGCGGAGCAAAGAUCCGAGUCAGCAAUAUCCAUUAUGAUUUGACCCAGGAAGACCUCGAGGAACUAUUCACCCGCAUUGGGCCAGUUCACUCCGUCGCCCUGCUCUACGACAGAGCUGGACGCUCUGAAGGAACCGCAUUCGUAACUUACAAACGACUCUCCGACGCCGAGACCGCCAUCCAUGAAUUCGACGGCGCAAACGCAAAGGGCCAACCGAUUCGUCUCAACCUCGUCACCAACUCUGCCCCUCGACGCCGCAACCCAUUCGACUCCGCCGAGAUGCCGAAGGGAAGCCUGUUCGAUCGUGCUGAACGGCCCAGGGGAAGAGACAGCCGCAGUCUUAGCCCGGACGCUGCUGAAUCUAGCGGUGGUCGAAGAGGUAGACGGAACAAUUCCAACCUCGCCCCGCCAGAUAGCAUUGACAGGUACGUACCUGGUCAGCGAUCGCCGAUACGGAAACAUGACUCGGGUAGAAACAGGGGUCGUCGGGGCGGUGGCGGUGGUGGUAGAGAUACCAGGGAAGGAGCUGGUAGUCGGAACCGUGGGUCAGGGAGAACCAAGAAGACGCAGGAAGAACUUGACCAGGAGAUGGAGGAUUAUUGGGGGAAAGCUAAUGCUGAUGCUGCUGGCGGUGCUAGCAGUAAUGCCGCUGAACCUCAGGCCGCGGCUGCUCAGCCUGCUGCUCCUGCUGCUCCUGCGGCCGGUGGUGAAGAAGACAUUGACAUGAUUGAGUGA